AUGUCGACAGAGUACAAAUUUACAUGUCAAGGAUGCGGUUUAGCAUUUCAAAUGGCUGAAGAUCAGAGGAAUCACUUUAAAUCUGAUUUACAUCGUUAUAAUAUGAAGAGAAGAGUUACUGGUUUACCUCCAAUUUCUUCUGAACAAUUUAAGCAAAAGUUCGAAGACAGUACUGCAGCUAAACCAACCGUUGUACAAUCUAAACCUAAUCAUAUUAAAGAGAAGAAUUAUAAUCCAACUAAAGUGGCAAAUAAGCAACCAGAAGAUGUUAAAAUUCAACCAGAAUUGACUGAGGAGGAAAUUUACAAUGAAAGAAUGAAGAAUAGGUUAUCUAGCUUGGAUUGUUUAUUCUCUUCACAUAAAUCAUCAACAGUUGAAGAGAACGUUAGAUUUAUGGAACAUAACUUCUCAUUUUACAUCCCAGAUAGGGACUUCAUACAAAAUUUGGAUGGUCUGGUACAAUACUUAGCUGAUAAGAUAUCAAUUGGUCACACGUGUUUAUUCUGUAACAAAUCAUUUACCUCAUUAGAAUCAAUUAGAAAGCAUAUGUUGGAUAAGUCACAUAAUAAGAUCGCAUACGAACUUGAAGAAGAUAGAGACGAAAUAUCAGAUUAUUAUGACUUUGAAUCAUCAAAUGCACAAAAUGAUGACGGUUGGGAAGAUGAUGAAGAUAUUCAAUCAGGUGAAGAAGAUGAAAUGGUUGAAGAUGACAGCGAUAAUAAAGAAGAACGUGAAAUCCAAUAUGGUGACACACCUUUCGAAUUGGUGUUACCAACAGGUAGACGAAUCGGUCAUAGAUCUAUGCAAAUGUAUUACAAGCAAAGACCAUUGCAACAAGAGUUAACUGAGAAGAAACAUGGUCAACAAUCUGUAACUUAUAAAAUGUCUAACUCUGACGCACUCAUUCCAGCUAAAGGUUCUGGAUUCGGUGCAUUCGGCGAAGGUCAACAAGUCAUUCACGCGUCCAAUAAGGGUGAAGCAAGGCUUGCAAAGAAAGCAACCAGACAAGCUAGAGAUGUACAAAGAAGGGAACAAUUCAAGACUAAGGUCGGAUUCAAACAUAAUAACCAGAAGCACUUCCGUGAUCAAUUACUUCAAUAGAUUAUUUAUUUAUUCACUCUUUUGUAAAAUUUGAUCACAUUAUCAUACGUCAUUUU